AUGGGGAAGCCGAGGGAGAAGACGCGCAACUGGCGGAGCCUCUGGUUCACGGACGAGGAGCGGAACACGAUCAAGGACAAGCUGAGCCUCAAGCUCGGCAAGACGCAGCGCAUGAAGGGCCGCCGCGCCGCCAAGCGCGGCAAGAAGUCCUACAAGGUCGAGGACGAGCGCCCGGCCCCGAAGACGAUCAACGGCGUGCGCGAGGGCUUCGACGCGAAGCUCGGCGAGGAGAUCGAGGCCAUGCGCGCGCGGCUCCGGAGCGACGCGUCGAGCGCGCUCGACCCGACGAGCGCGACCAUGCGCUCCUGGGACGGCCUCACGGUCUUCUGCCUGCUCUACACGUCGAUCGUGACGCCCGUGGAGGUGGGCUUCGGGGGCGCGGAGGUGCGGCCGGGCACGGGCCUCUUCUGGAGCAACCGCGUCAUCGACGCGGUCUUCGUUAUGGACAUCUUCGUCCAGUUCGACCUCGCCUACCUCGACGAGCACCGGGGCAACAUGCUCAUCCGCAGCCGCAAGCAGAUCGCGAAGCGCUACGUGCAGUCCUGGUUCAUCAUCGACGUGCUGAGCUCCGUGCCCAUCGACGUGCUCCAGCUCUACGCGCAGGGCGGGUCCUGGCUGUCGUCGCUGCGCACGAUCCGCCUGAUCCGGCUGCUGCGGCUGCUCAAGCUCGCGCGGGUGCUGCGGGCGUCGCGCAUCCUCACGCGCUGGGAGUCGAUGAUCUCCAUCUCCUACGCGCACCUGACGAUCAUGAAGCUCGCGGGCAUGUUCCUGCUCGUCGCGCACUGGAUGGCCUGCCUCUGGGGCAUCUGCGCGACGGCGCGGUCGUCGUCCAAGUGGACCUGGCUCGACGCGCUGUCGGAGACGAAGAAGGACAAGUACGGGAAGCGCCACUUCGGGAAGAAUUCCAUGGCGGACGCGUACAUCGCGGCGUUCUACUUCGUGCUCUACACGAUCACGGGCGUCGGCUACGGGGACCUCACGCCGGCGAACAGUUUGGAAAUGGUCGUCGGCAUCGUCUUCAUCGUCGCCGGCGGCAUCCUGUGGGCCUACAUCAUCGGCACGUUCUGCUCGAUCCUGUCCACGGUCGACGUCUACGGGAGUCAGUUCCGCCAGUCCAUGGACGAGCUCAACAUCAUGAUGGAGGACCGGGGCUACCCGUCGUCCCUGCGGCGGCGCUGCCGCACCUUCUUCCGCCAGUCGCGGAACCAGCUCCGCAUCCACAACUACCGCAAGCUCGAGGGCAUGAUGUCGUUCGCGCUCCGGGGCGAGGCCGCGGCCGCGAACAACGCCAUGUGGCUCCACCGCGUCUGGUACCUGCGCAAGGCGUCGGCGGCCUGCAUCGUCGAGAUCUCCCAGCGCCUCGGCACCAUGACCUUCGCGCCCCUCGAGGUCGUCGACAUCGCGCACACGCUCUUCGUGCUCCGGCGCGGCAUCGCCGCGCGCCACGGCAUCCCCUUCAGCCGGGGCACGGUCUGGGGCGAGGACUUUGUGCUGGAGAAUUUAGAUUUGGCGGACUCGACGUGCGCCUGCGCGCUGACCUACAUCGAGGUGCUGUGCCUGUCCGCGGCGGGCCUCUACCAGAUCCUCGAGUACUUCCCGAACGAGCUCAAGGCCGCCAAGGUCGCGUCGGCCUUCUACACGGUCAAGUCGCAGCUGGUCCGCAUGGCGCGGGAGGCGCGGGAGGCGUCCCAGCAGGGCUCGCGGGCCACGUCGACCUUCGACCGCCUCUUCUUCAACGCGAACGUCAGCGUGAGCAACAAGGCGGCGAACCAGGUCGACAACGUGUCGACGCGCCAGUCCAUCACCGUGCGCCAGGGCUCCAUGGCGCGCAAGAAGAUGGCCGCCGCCGUCGCGAAGAAGCGCGCGAAGAUGCAGGGCAACCUCGCGGCCGCGUCCACGCUGAGCUCGAACGACCACAUCGCGUCCGAAAUCGCGGAGAUCCACCACGACCUCGCGCACUACCAGGAGAAGACGGAGAAGCAGCUCGACGACUUCAAGCACAAGCUCAACAGCAUCGAGGGCCUCAUCCGCCAGGCGCUGAACCUGGAGCGGACCAUGGGCAAGCUCGACGUGAAACCCUCGGUCAAGGCGUCGCUCCACGUCAAGGAGUCGAUCCGGGCCUCCAAGCCCCCCAACGCGGCCCUCCAGUACCACAAGCUCCAGUCCGGCCUCGGCGGCGGCCUCGCGAAGCUCCGGCCCCUCGGCGAGGACUCGACGAAGCUCGAGGCCAUCGAGGGCUCGCCCGACGCGCCCCGGCGGAAGCCGCCGCCGCUCACGAACCAGGGGUCCUCGGGCCUCUUCGACAUCCCCGUCGAGGGCGACGACGACAGCGACGACGACAGCGAAGGCGGCGAGGAGGUCAAGGACGAGGAGCGGUGA